GCCAAGUAUAAAUAAUGCUUGCGGGGACUCCCGAGUUUCAUUCACUCCCCUGUGAAGCCACAGCGACUGAGUCCCCGGAGCCGAACGUCAGCAGAGAUAGCAGCAAGCAGGCACUUUGUCGCCGCGCAGGCUAACUCGCUUUCGAUUUUACUCAUCAUGGAGACUCGCUGGACCAAGAGGAGCUCCAAAACAGCCCACAACUUCAAAAGUGGAUUGUCUCUGUGGCUGAUCUUGUGGCUGGUGGUGGUGAAGCCCAGCAGUGUGGCUGCAUGCCCCAGGCUUUGUGUGUGUUACCCUUCACCCAUGACAGUCAGCUGCCAGUCCCAGAACCUCACCAUGGUUCCGACCGGCGUACCCUAUGACUCACAACGUGUGUUCCUGCAAAACAAUCGUAUCACAGAGCUCCGUGCGGAUUCUUUUGGCUUUGAAACACAGGUGCUUUGGCUCUAUGGCAAUAACAUCACAUGGAUUGAAGGUGGGGCCUUUAGUAACCUCAGGGUGCUAGAGGAGUUGGACCUGGGCGAUAACCCUACACUGAGGCGCCUAGAAGGUGGAGCUUUCAGAGGGUUGGAGAAGCUGCAGAGUCUGCAUAUGCACCGAUGCAAGAUUGGCAUGCUACCCCAUGACCUCUUUCACAAAUUGUACAGUCUGCAGUUUCUCUACUUACAGGAGAAUCAGCUCCAUUUUCUGCAGGAUGACCUGUUCUCAGAUCUGGUCAACCUCACCCACCUAUUCCUCCACGGCAACCGCAUUCGUGUCCUCUCUGAGAAUGUGUUCCGAGGCUUGGUCAAUCUGGACCGCCUCCUUCUUCACGACAAUCGAAUCAGGCAGGUCAACCGUCGCGCUUUCCGCGACCUGGGCCGGCUCUCCAUUCUUUACCUGUUCAACAACUCCCUUGCUGAGCUCCCAGGCCAAGCUAUGAAAGACACCCAGGGCAUUAACUUCCUCCGUCUCAAUGGCAACCCUUGGUCCUGCGGUUGUGAGGCCCGCACCUUGUGGGAGUGGUUCCGCAAAGCCCGCAUUUCCUCUUCUGAGCUCAUAUGCUCAUCACCGUCCCAGCGUCGAGGCCAAGAUCUCAGAUUCCUCCGAGAGCUCGACUUUGCCCUCUGCCCAAUGCCUGACCCCGGAUCCCUGGCCGGAACCACCACGACCACCUUUAGCACCAAGACACGCUGGUGGUUCUCCAAGAACAAGCCCGUUUCUUCCUCCAAGGUCAAUAAUCAGAAGACCACAGAGACAGGAAAGACAUUCCCUGUAAGGAAGCCACAGUACUUCCCCAAAACCCACUUCGACUCAUUUCCUCCCAAGUAUGAACUAUCAGAUGACGAAGUGGCCCUCCCAAAGCUCGACCCAGAAGAAUACUGGGACAACUAUGGCAACGAAGAUGCUGCCAUCCGCUGCUUUAAGCCCGAGUGCUCCCCAGGCUAUGACAAUUCAGCUUUUACAUCCUCAUUCUCAUCCAUUGCCACAAGUCCAGCCCUCCCCCACCACCUCUACGUCUGUGUACUUGCUUUCUCCCUUCAUUUACUUUUUGGCUGAAUCCACCAUCCGUUCAGCCUUUCUCUCAUUCCUCCGUCCUGCUCUUUUCAAACCAAAACAAAAGCCUGGGAUCUUGAUCCCUUUCAGUCACCUCCUUGACCCACAAGUAGGGGGCGUUACACAAUGACAGGAAACGGACGAGGGAGUAAAAAUCUGUCUUCAGAAGCAGUUGAGGCAAUACGAGGCUAAUCAUUAUUGUUAAUUUGGCUGCUGCUUACCAGCAUAUGUGGCCAUGACAAUAAUAGGGAUCACAUCGUGGAGACUGUGAUAGGUGUCGAACAGCACCCAUCGAUAGACAAUACAACACACUGUAGGGUGUAGGGGCAUGUAAUUUGUUUUGCUUAUGUUGCAGCAAAAUAUGCAGCAAUUCCACCUUCUUGUCUAGAGGUAUUUUCUACACGAACUACUAACAGCAUCUGUACUGCUGCUUUCAUUUACAUCACCAAUGAAGACAAAAUCCUUUAAGCACCUGGCUUUGCAAGACGUGAAAAUCAAAGAAAAAUCAUUCUUAGAAUGUACACACCAAUAAUUUGGUUUGAAUGUUGUUUUUCUUCUCAUGAGCAGCAGUGGUGACUCAGGUCUGACACUCAUUUGGUGUACAUUUUGGUAACUGGGCAUUCACUUGGGACAUCGCCGACAUAAGCCACUUCUUAAUUCCAUCACUAUCACAUUGCAAUUAUAGAAACCAUCAAUACGACACAAAGACCUAAUAUAACUGCACACAACUGUGCCACGUACAUCAUUUUGAUCAGUUUGGAACCAAUAUUUAUCAAAUAACAUCAUAAAAACAUGGAAAAUGUAAACAAAAUACAUUAUACUCACCAGAGAAAGUGAUUAUUACGUAUGAAUGUCUGCAAAUCACAAUAGAUGUGUUUUACUUGUUGAACUUGGCUUGCUCUGACCAACCAAUCAGAUGGCAUUAAAAUGCUGACUCCAACAAGGGCCUUGGAGGACAAAUUGAAAUCCGAACAGUCUCAUUGCAAAUAGUUUAAGUUGCAUAGGCCAGCACCAUUGAUUCCGAAGGCCCUGGGCAAAAUAGAUGCCAACAUGAAAUCUGAUUGGACAAAAUAAAAACUCCCAAUACCCACAUAAAUAUUCUGGAAGGAAUGCAGCCAAGAGAAAUGCUCCAAAAUUUAGAGAGUAGAUUGCUGUGAAUAAAUUCAAAUAAAUAUUACCGCCGUUCAUAUGGCGUAGCUGGAAAGCUGCAGAAAGGUAUCUUAGCACAGAUCACAGAUGAGAAGGAGAGACAGAGAAUUUCAUUGCAAAAUAAAUUGAAAAGGAGAAGUGUGGAGUCGCUGAGAAAAAGCGAGUGGCCAAGUGCAGGAUUUGCAGCCAAGAGUGACUCUCUUCCCUGAGAUUCCUAGUCUUGUGUCAACCCAGCGAUGCCAGCAGCAUAGCCGCCCACACUUGUCCACGCAGCUUGAAACACCUCGAGGAACUUCAAACAUGUAUCACACGACAUACGCCAUGUAUCAUAUGCUUCUGUGCACUUCCUCAGCACUACUUUUCCCUUUUCACUCAGUAGCAUUUAGUAAUGGGAACAAAAACUAAAUUGGCUGGUUAAGUCAAAAUAAAAUCAUAAAUGUUUUUUUUUGGUUUGUUGGUUUUUGCAAUUAGAUGAUUAGCAAUUGGCUUUGAUCAUGGAAAGAAUAAGUAGAUUUUUAUGUUGAGCA